CGUAAAACAGAAGUACUAGUGUAGCUUUACGUUCGACUGCCGUGUGGUGUGGUGUUAUGCUACGAAUUAUGUGGAUAUUUCGACAAUGCUUGCGUAAAACGAGUAUCAACAUUGCAGAAAGCAUUGCCGCGUGCACGAAAUAAGCGUCCUUACAAAAAUUAAUUUCUUGUGCAUUGUGUCGUUCAUUUCUCUAACUGCAAGAGUAUGAAAUAAGCAGCAAUCAUGGGGCUGAUCAGGCUUAACACGGGUUACCUGAACACUAAGUCGGGCAUCUUGAAGAUCAUAGAAAUCGGGUGCGUGGCCUCCGCCGUCGGCCUCCUGCGCGUGAGCUCCCCCGUCUGCGGCCAAACGGUGGGCUCGUAUUUCCUCGGCGUCGGAGUCCUCGUGGCCGCCUUGAUGGUCACGCCGCUGCUCCUCACCUCGUACCUGAUGGGCAACAUGCAGAUCCAGAACACGCACUUGGAAAUCGCCUUCAACGCCCUGUUCUCCCUCCUCUUGCUGACGGCGGGCGUGGAUGCCCUCAAGGCCGUGGGCAACGUUUACAGAGACGACUUCAACAGAGAGUGCUUCGCCAUGGGCAUCGUCAGCAUCGCCGCCUGCCUAACAUACCUGCUGGAUGCAGUGGUUUGCGUGAGGCUGUACAGGAACAACAACUGAGAGGAAGGCGGUUGAGGCCUCUUGGUACUGACUGAUCUACGUCUCCAAUACGUACUUUACAAAAGCAGUUAUACACACACACACACACACACUCACACACACACACACACACACACACCAUGUAUACUUCCCGAGGAUAGAUUACAUAUAAAUCUAACCUGCAUAUACUCAUUACAAGAUAUUUGUUAGAUUUUUCUUUUAAAAUAAAAUCAAAAUGUCUCCAAAUCGUAUACUAGUAUCAAAAGGCGUGCUUGUGGGACCAAAACACCAUAAAAGUGUAGUAAAUGUUAUACCCAUUGGUGAUCUUUGACAUGUAAAAAGACAUAAGGCAUGAGAAUACAGGUGUUCGUCGAUCUUUGUGACCC